AUAUUGAGAACGACGUUAUUAUAGAAUCGAGAGACAGCAGUUUGCUGCCUUCAUUGUCUCUAGAAGGAGUAAUAGGCGGGGUCUCAACUUUGCUAGGGGGCCCCCAGCAGCAAGGCGAGAACAGGGGUGCAGCAGCAGCAGCAGCAGCAACAACAGCAGCAGCAGCAGGCGGCAUACAAACCCCAGCCCCAGCAAUUUCUAUCAACAGGUGCUGCCCUAUUUGUAUGGUGGACUUAAACAAUGAAGACGUCGUCCUUAUCAUGCCCUGCGAUAUCAGGCAUUACUUCCACCGCGCCUGUGUGGAGCACUGGCUCGAGACCAGCCAGGCCUGCCCAAUAUGCCGGGCGAACAUAGUGCGACUGAUAAUGGGGGCAGCGGAUGGGGCACAAGGACAGCAGCAGCUGCAGCAGCAGCAGCAGCAGCAGAUGCUGCAGCAGCGCGUAGUAGCAAUCUUUGCUGCUCGAGUUGGCUUUGUUUAG